AAAUAUUCAUCCCUGUGAGUGGCAACACUGAAGAGAAGAGAAUCAGACAGACAGACAGUCAGUCAGUAACUAUCAAGACGUGCCUGUGUGUAGGUGUAUUGCUCCAAGCUCUCUUGCUGUUGUUGUGGGAAGUUUUCCUUCCUUCGUUCCAUUUUAAUUAUUGUUCAAAAUGAAGGUGGUAGCUGUGACUGUGGUGGUGGUGACUCUGGUAGCAACAGCAGUGGGCCAUGACUGGGGCUGGGGCAAUUGUCCCUCAGCUAAGGCCUUCUCCAGCUUGGACGUGGACAAAUUCCUUGGGCUGUGGUAUGUCAUCCAGCAGACGGACACCACUUCAUCCUGCCUCACCAUGAACUACACCAGAGUUUCACCCACACAGCUGCGCGCUGCCAAGUCCCGGCAGCUCCUUGUGCUUGACUCUCUCAGCAUUGAACACACCAACUCCUACACUGCCAAGCUGGACAUACCUGAUUUUGAUAAUGCUGGUGCCAUGAGGGUUAAGUGGCCUCUCAACUUGGCGGGCAAGGCUGACUACACUGUGCUGGACACCGACUAUGACACAUAUGCUGUAGUGUAUGAAUGUCAGAAGGUGGCAAGCUUCCUGCACCGCAAGUCAACAGCCAUCCUCUCCCGCACACCCACGCUCAGCCAGGACAUCAUUAGCAAGGAGAGACAACUGAUAUCCAGCAAGGGCAUUCCCACAAAUGAUCUGGACUCCAUUGACCACGGUGUGUGUGUACGCCGUGAGGAUGCAGGAUUCAACAUUAACAUAGAUGAGGACACCAUAAAAAAAAUGCUGAAGGAUGCUUCUGAUGGCGUCAGGAACAUUGCCUCUCAGCUGGUGAUGCUUUUACAGGUGGCUGGAGGAGCUAGUGACCUGGCCUCCAGCUUGGCCACCAUCAGCAGAAAUCUGGCAGUCAAGGGUUCGGAGCCAGAAGCAGAGUCCAUUCAGACCAUUGACUAGUCUGCAGCAUCACCAACUACCUACUGUGCUGUCUACAAAGUGCUACUACAGCCUCCCAGUGAGGAGCACAUUUUGUUGCAUGCUUCCAUUUUUAUAAUUCUAACUUUUUAAACAGGCUUAACAGAAUGCCUUACAAACCCUUUGGAAGCAACCAUAGUAACAUAUCUAAAGUAUGUGCUUCUCACUGGAUGACUUCAUAUCAACUUCACAUUCCUUUGUUGCCUCACAUACCUGUACCUUCAGUGACAUUCAACACCUUAAAAUACCUAAAAGUUUAGUUUUAUGAAGUUAGUUUAAACUAUUAAUAAAAAGCUUUAAACACAUCUUCAAUAUGAUUAAAAAAAAUGUGUUAGGAGUUUUAAUGUAUGAAAGAUAAAAAUGAUCCUUGUAUUACCUCUAGUAUAUGCAGUUUUAAACACAUCUCCAAUAUGAUUAAAAAAAUGUUUUAGGAGUUUUAAUGUAUGAAAGAUAAAAAUGAUCCUUGUAUUACCUCUAGCAUAUGCAGUUUUAAAACUAUCAGUCAAAAGCUGUGUACACAUCUCCAAUAUGAUUUUUUUUAUUGUGUUAGAAGUUUUAAUGUAUGAAAGAUAAAAAUGACCCUUGCAUUACCUCUAGCAUAUGCAAUUUUAAAAUUCUUUGUGAUAUACUUAAGGCUUAAUCUAAUGCAAUACUGCAUUUAGUAACUGUACAAGUAGCAUGUAAUAAAGCUUCAGAUAUCAUCACUCCUUGUACAUUAUGUACGAUAUUAUUCUGUUAUUAAAAGUGUCUUGAAUAAUA